CCCGGCACCUUCGAAUGGCGCGAGGGCGUCCUCGUGCGCGCGAUGAAAGAAGGCCGGUGGGUGGUCUUCAAGGACGUCGACCGCGCCAGCACGGAGGUCCUCGGCGUCCUCAAGCCGCUCGUCGAGUCGCUCGGCCUGGGCAAGUGGGUCGGCGGCCGCGCGGGCAUGAACGUGCCCAACCGCGGGCGCGUGGAGGCGGACGAGGGCUUCGCGGUGUUCGCGACGCGGUCUGUCAGCGCCAAGGGCAGGUUGCCCGCUGCGACGUUUUUUGGGUCGAAUAAGUUUUACGAGGUCGUCGUGCCUGCGCCGACGGCGGACGAGCUGAGGUUGAUCGUGAAUUCGCGGUUCCCGCGUCUGGCGGGCGUGCCUGCGCGGGCGUUCAUCCGUCUAUGGGAGGAUGUACGCGCUCUUGGCACUGCGCCGUCCACGCAAGAGGUCGGGGUGCGGGAGCUGGAGAAGUUCUGCAGCAGGGUCGAGAACUUGCUGCCUGCUUCGUACCAGCCCAUGGAUAUCGACGAGGACUCGGACGAUAUCUUCGUUCCUCCGUUAUCUGCCAUAUUCCCGAACCCAUCGCUACGAGAGGAGAUGUACCUCGAGGCGCGCGACGUUUUCUUCGGCAUCGAGGCUUCGACGCCGUCCGCGCGCUCGCACAACCUCGCAAUGGCCGCGAAGAUUGGCGAAGAGCUCGGCCUUGCUCCCGAACGCUGCGAAUGGGUCCUGAACGACAGGACUCCCGAGCUCGAGUUAGAAAAGGACAACAAUGGCCACGUCGUCGCCGUGCGGGUCGGCCGCACAAGACUGGCGGCCAAGGCUGCGAGUCGCAGACCGAUCGAGGGGGCCGUUGCGAGGCCCUUCGCCAUGCACCGGCCCGCCGUGCUCUUGCUGAGCCGCAUCGCGACCGCUGUCUCCCUCCGCGAGCCAGUCCUGCUCACCGGCGAGACCGGUACGGGGAAGACGAGCGUCGUGACGCACCUCGCGCAUCUGCUGCACCGGCCGUUGAUCUCGCUGAAUCUGUCGCACCAGACCGAGUCGUCGGAUCUGCUUGGCGGGUUCAAGCCGGUGGACGCGCGCGUGCCGGCGUACGAGCUGCAGGAGCGGUUCACGGAGCUAUUUGGGCUGACGUUCAGCCGGAAGAAGAAUGCGAAGUUCGAGGAGGCGGUGAGGAAGGCGGUUGGGGAGGCGAAGUGGAAGCGCGCGGUGGGCCUGUGGAAGGAGGCGGUAAGGAUGGCGAAGGAGAGGAUUGAGGCGAAA